AUGUCAACGGCUGCUCUCCAACAGAUUGGGAUAUUUGUAAGCAAAUUUUCAACUCUGUUGAAAAAACUCGAAAAUGAGCUGGACCACUUACAAGUCAUGGAGGAUUACGUCAAACUGGAAACCAGAAAUCUUGAGAAAGAGCUCCUUCACGCGCAAGAAGAGGUGAAACGUAUUCAGUCAGUACCGUUGGUCAUUGGUCAAUUCUUAGAAGCUGUUGAUCAGGAUCACGCUAUUGUUGGCAGCACGACAGGCUCUAACUACUAUGUUCGUGUCCUUUCAAUAUUGGAUCGAGAACUGUUGAAACCUGGCUGCUCUGUCGCCCUGCACAAAUACUCGAAUGCACUCGUCGAUGUCCUACCUCCGGAGGCCGAUAGUUCAAUUCAGAUGUUGCGUCCUGAUGAGAAGCCCGAUGUUUCUUAUGCAGAUAUUGGAGGUCUCGAUAUGCAGAAGCAAGAGGUACGAGAAGCCGUUGAAUUGCCACUCACUCACGGCGAGCUCUACAAGCAGAUCGGUAUUGAUCCUCCACGUGGAGUUCUUAUGUACGGUCCUCCUGGUUGUGGAAAGACUAUGCUCGCCAAAGCAGUCGCCGCAAAUACGGCCGCGUCCUUCAUAAGAGUCGUCGGCUCGGAGUUUGUUCAGAAGUAUCUGGGAGAAGGUCCUAGAAUGGUGCGUGACGUCUUCCGUCUGGCCAAGGAAAAUGCACCCUCUAUAAUAUUCAUCGACGAAAUCGAUGCAAUAGCAACGAAGCGAUUCGAUGCUCAGACGGGAGCAGAUAGAGAGGUCCAACGAAUUCUCCUCGAACUUCUGAAUCAAAUGGACGGAUUCGAUCAAAGCACUAAUGUCAAGGUAAUAAUGGCCACCAACAGACACGAUACACUGGAUCCUGCUCUACUGCGGCCGGGAAGACUUGACAGAAAGAUCGAAAAGAUCGAGUUCCCACUUCCUGAUCGGCGACAAAAACGUCUCGUCUUCACCACAAUCACAUCGAAAAUGAACCUGUCAGAUGACGUCGAUCUUGAGGACUACGUUGCCCGACCGGAUAAGAUAUCUGGUGCUGAUAUCAAUGCUAUCUGCCAAGAGGCUGGCAUGCAUGCGGUUAGAGAGAAUCGCUACGUGGUACUGACGAAAGACUUCGAAAAGGCAUACAAAAACGUAAUCAAGAAGGAUCAAAAUGAUUUUGAAUUCUAUAAGUAA